AUGUACAAUAAUAAUAAUAAUAGUGGCAAUUAUAAUAAUUGGGGAAAUGGAAGUGGAGGUGGAAGUGGAUACAAUAACAAUAACAAUAACAACAAUAAUAGUAAUAAACCUAAUUUCAAUCAACCUUAUUUAUCAGAUGCUGCAAAGAGUGCUCUAUUAUUCGAAGGUGCAACAAACAAUAAUAAUAACAAUGGUAAUAGAAAGUGGGGAGUAAAAGAGACAGAAGAGUCUUCAUCAUAUUCAAACAAUCAAAUAUUAGAUAGAAAUACUCAAGUUAUGAAAGAACAAGAUCAAUUGUUGGAUUCAUUAUCAUAUAGUGUCACAAGACAAAAGGAAUUGGCAAUUGGUAUAGGCUCUGAAGCAGAAUCACAGAGUAUAAUGUUGGAUGAUUUGAAUUCACAUGUAGAUAGCACUCAUGGUAGACUAAGGAAUGCAAACAAGAGUUUGGUUCGUUUAACUCAAGAUGCAAAGACAACUCCCUAUUGGAUCAUUAUUUGUGUAUUAUUUUUGGUUUUAAUCGUUGUUAGUGUAUUGGCGAUGGCAGUUUAA